AUGUCCUCCCCUUCCCGGCUGGUGAUCGACCCGUUGAUCUACUCCUACCCGGAUACCAGCUCAUCCUCGUCCUCCUCGUCAAGCAAUGACCGGAAAAAGAGCACAGGCAAGGACCAGAACCAAAGCCAGAGCCAGAGCCUGAAUCAAAGCCAGAAUGAAUCGCUACCUCCAGCCUCAAAACUCAUUCUGAAUGCUCAGGCAUCGGCUGCACCUCCUCCGACUACGGGCUGGACUCCCCUAGUGUCAAGAACGCUUUCUACGGAAAUGAUGUCUCAUAACUCCACUCCGAACACCAAAAUGCUCCCCAGUUUUUACAAGCAGGCUAAUACAAGCGGUGGGCUUCCUUCGAGCAGCGACAUGGACUACCCAAUUCUAAACUUGACGCCAUUCCUCACUCACAACUUAAACUUUUUAAGCACACAGAAUUCCGCAGGCAAUAUCUCCAAUAACGUCAACUUCACCCCCUUCUACGAUAAGUCGAUGCAUCUCACAGAUUUCUUUAUUGACUCGCCGUUACGUCCUUCGCCGUCAAAAGCUGUGGAAACAAUCACUCCUUCGCGGUUUGCUACGAGUUCAGAAAGGAAAUCAAUAACAAACACAUUGGAUGCUAAGACCUCUUCAAAACGUUCCAUUGGCCAGAUUGACACCCCUGCUAGACAUCCUUUCAAGAAAUACGAUUCUCAGGCCAACAGCGAACCUGGCAGCGAUGACGAGGAUGAUAAGAAAAACGAUGAUGCGUAUGAGGGCAACUUUGUCACUCCCUCAAAGAAAAAUAUCUUGAAGGAAACUAGCAGCAAUUUACUCAAUAAGGCUUCUUUGAACCUGACACCACUUGCUUCAAAGAAAAAUAAGAAUGUUUACCGGACUCCUGCUAAACCUACACAGAUGUCAUCACCAUCAACCGUUAUCAUGUCCAGCGCGAACAACACCCCCAAUGAUCAGCCUGUGAAGAGCGCCAUUGUGCCUCCAAGCCCGACGCCGAACAAGGAGAGAUCAGAAGGAACCACAGCAAUCAAUUCGGAGCCAGUUAUGGGGAUAUUUUCUGAGAAGAAAUCGCAACCGAAAGUCUCUGAACCACCAAAGCAGGCCAACAAAAAGAAUAGCAAGAAGAAUUACGGCGGCACAAGCAAGUUUCAGAUUGUUUUCACAGAUGUUCAUACGUUGAUGAACAGCAAGAAAAAGAAAGACACUGAAAUAAAAGCCUCAAAGGGUAAAAAAAGUCAGGAGAAGACAAGCAACUCGGGUCAAAGUAGCAAGACCAAAGUCAACACACAACAAAAAUUAAGCCAGAAAUCGCAAAAACCUAAUCAAGCUUUGCGUCAACAAGUGGAACAUACCUCACAUCAACUAAAACAGCAUCCUCUGAUUAAUCAGGCGCUGCCGCAUUUGCAACAACCCAAUCCACAUCAUCAACCUCCCCCGACAUUUGCAUUUCAACACACUUCCUCUUCGCUAUCUGCGUCGCAAGACUACAACACAACAAUGAACUCAUCGAAAGAAUUUAGCAUGCUAGGGGUGAACUCCUCGCAAAACACGACCGGUGGUAACCUUAACUUCUCGGCCACAGAACACACAUCGUUCGAACUUACCAACACAGGGAUGGCAUCAACGCCGAAUCGAAAAUAUCUUCUAGAUAACUCAUUCGACAAGGCAUCACCACAAGCAAUCCAUCAGAUGACCUCCUCUUUCCAUCAGGUUCAUGUCAGACAGGGCGACGAACAAGGUAUGCCUCCACCAAAACAUAUGACUCUUCAGCAUGCUGCUCAGCAGGCUUUGCGAAACCCUGAGCAAAUUCAAAAUCCACAGAUGGGCAUGAAUAUGAUGAUGAGCACUCCUCAGCAUUCCAAUACUCAACCAAACUCUUUAAUUGUGGAGGAAUCGCCGAGCAGCAGAGAGCCAAUGGCUCUCUUAUAUCAGCAUCUUCAUCAGUACGAACAGGCUAUGCAAUCUAGCGAGUCAGCCGAGCAAAAUAGGGACUUAGUGGGUAAUGUGAGGUAA